AUGACUAUAUCUGAUGAUAUAAGAGGAGAAUUUAAAUCCUUAGAUAAACCUAAACAAACUACUGUAUAUAUUGUAACUAUCGAUAAAAUUUUAAAUGAGUUCCUUGAAGAUGAUUUCAACUUUGAGAUAUGUCUUCGGUAUCUUUCAUUAGAUGAACAAUUGAAAGUUAGAUCAAAGAAAUAUGACCUGAAGAAGGAAUUGAUUAACAGGUUGUUUACCAGACUUGUUCUCAACCUUCAAGUUGAUAAUCUGGAUAGUUUCCAGCCUUUUAAUGCAUUGAAAUUCCAAUACAAUGAAUAUGGGAAGCCAUCUCUCUUGCGGGCAAUUGAUGACGGUAAAAAUUUCCAAUUUAAUGCUAGCACCUCGAAUGACAUCUUAAGUAUGGUUAUACAGCUGGGGAUUGAGUCACUGGUAGGUAUAGAUUUAUCUCAUUCAAGGCAAAAAAUCGACCCUGACUCGUGUAUUGAAGAUUUCAGACAAAUAUUCGAUGAUUCAGAAUAUCAACACCUUUCUCAAAUUGAGAAUAAAAAUGAUCAAUAUAAUACAUUCAAUCAAUAUUGGACUCUUAAGGAGGCAUUUACUAAAUUACUUGGAUGUGGAUUAAAUAUAGAUUUGGCAUCAUUUUGGUUUGAUUUGAAGAGUACCGCACAGUCACUUGUACACUGCAAGCCAAAUAAUGUAUCAAAGGUUGAGAAUUUUAAAUAUUUCUACAAACAUGACGUUGAUUGGACUACCAAUAUAAAUAUCAGGGGUAAAGCCGUACAGGAUAUAGAGAAAUGUUAUUGUGUUUCAGGAAUAAUUUCCCCAAUCAUAAUAUCAGUGAUUUCGCAAUUACCCUUAGAAAGAAAUUUACAAGUAAUUGGAGUGGAUAUGUAUCAAUUACUUUUAGAUUAUACAAAAUAA